AAAAUCCCAAUCCAAAUGGCUCGUGCCGUCUCUCGCCUCCUCCCCUUUCUCCUACGGCGGCCUCCCCGACCUCUCCUCCGCCGCCGCCCGCUAAACCCUAACCCCAAACCGCUGACCACGCGCGCCAAAGCCCUCGCCUCCCUCGUCCUGCCCGGCGACGAGCGCUCGCCUCCGCCUUCUCCCUCGCGCCGCGCGCCGCCGAGCUACGGGGGCGGCGGAUCUCCGGGGACGAUCGCCGCCAUCGUCACCGCCCUCGGCGGGGGCCCCGCGGCCGUCGGCAUCGUCCGCCUGUCCGGUGCCGACGCCGUCGCCGUCGUCGCCCGCGUGUUCCGGCCGGCCAGGAAGGAGCCGGCGCCCUGGAGGCCCCGAAGCCACUUCGUGGAGUACGGGGUCGCGCUGGACGGAGAUGGGAGCGUCAUCGAUGAGGUGCUGGUGGUGCCCAUGCUGGCUCCGAGGUCCUACACCCGAGAGGAUGUGGUGGAGCUCCAGUGCCAUGGGAACGACCUUUGCUUGCGUCGUGUGCUGAGGGCCUGCUUGGAGGCCGGUGCCAGGCUCGCCGACCCUGGUGAAUUCACUCUUCGCGCAUUCCUAAAUGGGAGAUUGGACUUGGCUCAAGCGGAGAACGUCUCGAGGCUUAUUUCAGCCAAGUCUGUAGCUGCAGCAGAUUCCGCCUUGGCUGGCAUCCAGGGAGGCUUUUCUACUCUAGUGAAAUCUUUGAGAUCAAGGUGCAUAGAAUUGAUCACUGAAAUUGAGGCUCGUUUAGAUUUUGAAGAUGAGAUGCCUCCAUUGGACCCUAUGAUGCUGCUCAGCAAAAUUAACAGCAUGAGGCAAGAGGUCCAGGAUGCUCUGGAUACUGCAAAGUAUGAUAAGCUGUUGCUGUCUGGUCUACAGAUAGCAAUAAUUGGCCGCCCAAAUGUUGGAAAGUCAAGCCUCCUGAAUGCAUGGAGUAAGAGUGAAAGAGCUAUUGUUACCGAAAUAGCUGGAACUACAAGGGACGUAGUUGAAGCAAAUGUCUCAAUUCAUGGAAUCCCUGUUACCCUUCUAGACACGGCUGGUAUAAGAGAAACUGAUGACAUUGUGGAAAAAAUUGGUGUAGAACGAUCAGAGACUGCUGCACUGGGAGCUGAUAUGGUUAUUAUGACAAUAAGUGCAGUUGAUGGGUGGACUGAAGAUGACACUAAACUUAUCAAACGUGUCAUGAUUGAUAAGAAACGCUCAGGUUCUGAAGUGCCAAUGGUUCUGGUUAUCAACAAGGUAGAUUGCACACCAUUUGUUUCAGGAGAAGAGUUUGAGAAAUUCAGUGGAAUUUUCAGAAAACAUGUGCACACAUGUGCAGUCACUGGCAAAGGCAUUUCUGAGUUGGAGAGGGCUGUAAUAGAGGUUAGAGGUCUUGAGUCCAUACCGUCCGGGGGACGACGGUGGACUGUAAACCAGAGACAAUUGGAACAGCUCAUGAGGACCCAAGAAGCUUUCACAAGACUAGAGUCGUCGGUCAAUGAGCAGCUACCCUUGGAUUUUUGGACUAUAGACUUGAGGGAAGCUGCAUUGGCUCUGGCAACAAUCAGCGGAGAGGACAUAUCUGAAGAAGUCCUGAGCAGCAUAUUCAGCAAAUUCUGCAUUGGAAAAUGAUUCGUCCUUCAGAAUCAUGCUGGUCCUCAGCCAUUCCGACAAUUUUGACUUUUGAGCAGCGUAGUAACAUAGAACGAUCUGAACAAGCCCAGUAGAAAUUGAACCAUUUUCUGGACGGGGUCAAACAUUUAUAGGUCGGGAUUACUGUUGUCACUGUUCUACAGAUCUGUGUUGUACCUGGACAAUCUUCCAAAUUUGUACAUUAGGUCUGGGAUGUGUUUAGGUUCGGUUUAACUUCAUAUAGGAAAUUAUACCUUUCAAUCAUGCACAAAUCGAAUGUAAGUACCUACUAUGAUCAUGCAAAAACCGGAAGAAUGGCCUAGCUUGUGUUUCUGAUACUAA